AUGGCAAUGCUUUCCCGCAAAUGCUGGCUUCGAUUCCGAGCCAUCGGCGGCAGCCUCUCCUUGAAAUCCCUCGUCAACCUCUCUACAGCCACCACCCUGAAGGCGCCUAACCAGAAUGCUGAUGUGGUGGAUUACCUUGUUAACUCACUUGGGUUCUCCAAAGAUGCUGCCAUAACCACCAUAAGUAAGGUACCUCGCUUACGCCCUUCUCCCGAAAAAGCCAAUUCAGUUGUCAAUUAUUUACAAAAUUUGGGGGUCAAUAAAUCGCACAUCCGAAAUAUGGUUUCCGGGCACCCUAGUUUAUUAGUUUGCAGGGUUGAUAAAACCCUAGAACCCAAAUUUAAGUACUUGCGAGAACUUGGUCUCUCCGGGUCGGACCUUGUUAAGGUUAUCUUGGGUUACAAAUUCGUCUGGAGAUUAGCAUUGGAUACUGAAAUCAAAUCUCGAGUUUUGUAUUUGCGACAAUUGGUCGGUACUGAUGAUAAUGUACUUACAGUGUUAAAGAGAUAUUCUAGGGUGCUUGGUUGCUGCGACACUGAAUUGGUAGAAAGUAAUUUAAAGCUGCUGAGAAACUAUGGCAUUUCCGAGGAUAAUAUUGUGAAGCUGAUCGUGAGGCGUCCUAGAAGGAUUUUUGCCACAAAGCCUGAGGAGAUGGAGGAGAUUUUACAUAAAGUAGAAAGAGUUUUGCGCAUUCCUCGUCAAUCCGCUGCUACCUUCCACUAUGGAGUGGAGGUCAUCUUCUCGUUCAAUGAAUCUAACAUUGAUGAGAAAUUAGAAGUGUUUCGGAGUUUUGGAUGGUCUGACGCAGAGAUCUUUAAAAUGGUUAAAAUGCUACCCCCUGUUUUGCGCGUGUCAAGUCCUAGAAUAAGAGAAGUACUUGAUUAUUUCAUGAACGAACUUGGAUACAGUUCAGACUACCUGGCUUCCCGCCCAAUUUUUCUUACAUAUAGUUUUGACAAUAGGGUGAAGCCACGGAAUGAAGUUUUGAGAAUUCUAUGUGAGAAGAAGUUGAACAAUAGUAAGGCUGGUUUGUUUACUGUUUUGGCCUUGCCAGAGCCACGGUUUUUAAAGAAUUUUAUUCUUCCUUACAAGGACAUACUGCCGGAUAUAUGUGAAGCUUAUUUGAGUAAAACUAAAACGCCAAAGAGCAAGUAA